UAAGAAACAUCAAGUAGUAGUAACUUCAAUGAUUUCAAUUCACUAGCGAACGAAGUCAAGGUGCAAUGAAUUUUCUCAGAAAUUUUUUUUCGUGCAUCAAGAAUUGCACGUACGAAACCAAUUAAAUCGUUCAAUGAAAUCUUGAAGUGAGAAACACGAAAAAUUUCAUUGAGUUAGUGCGCACGUGCAUGUUUAUAGCAUAGCCGUGAAAAAAAAAAUCUUCGUAAAAUGCGCCACUGCAUCCAAAAAGCAUUGUGAAUGCGACACGACCGACAUGUGAAAAUGAAAAAUCGCUCACUUCGACAGAAGAUACUCUAACACUUAGUGUUAUGUUUCACACACGCUCGAAAUGGCUACAAACGAACAAAACGAAGAUACGCAAAAUAAUAUAAAUUCUCAAGUCAGUUGGAGUACGCAGGAGCCAGAGCCGCACAACUCACAAUUGGUAGCAUCAAAUCAGCAAGAACUGCAGAAUCAAACUCCAAAUCAGAAAGUAGAUCAAGAAUUUGCUAAAAUGACAGAUCAACGAGAACAACAACCUCAACCACAACAACAGCAACAGGCGCAACAGCAACAGCAAACCAAAGGCAAUGAAGAACCAAGAACAAAUUUGAUUAUUAAUUAUCUUCCACAGAGUAUGACAGAAAAAGAUCUUUACAGUCUUUUUGUAACUAUUGGGCCUGUGGAAUCUUGUCGUGUUAUGAAAGAUUAUAAAACAGGAUAUAGUUAUGGUUUUGGAUUUGUUAAUUAUGCAAAAGCUGAAGAUGCAGCCACAGCUAUAAGUACUUUAAAUGGACUUCAAGUUCAAAAUAAAAGGCUAAAAGUAUCCUUUGCACGACCAUCUGGUGAAGAGAUUAAAGAAACUAAUCUUUAUGUAACAAAUUUGCCGAGAAAUAUAACUGAAAGUCAGAUUGAUGAUAUAUUUAGUAAAUAUGGAAAUAUUGUGCAAAAAAUUUUAAAAGACAAACUUACUGGAUUACCAAGAGGUGUAGCAUUUGUAAGAUUCGAUAAACGGGAAGAAGCACAAGAAGCGAUCGCACGACUACAUGGAACGAUACCAGAAGGUGGAUCAGAGCCACUUAGCGUAAAAAUCGCGGAGGAACACGGAAAACAAAAAGCGGCAUACUACGCUGGAUGGCAGGCUGGUUACAAUCAGAGUAGAGGUGCUGGAGGUGGUCUAGGUGGUGGAGGAAGAGGCAGAGGUAUUGGAGGGCCGCCAGGAAUGGGCAUAGGUAUUAGUGGAGGUGGACCAGGAAUGUUAGGAAGAGCAGGAGGUGGUUUCGGGCCGCGUGGCGGGCCACACGGCAGCUUUCUUGGCGGAAGUGGCGGUCCAGGCGCUAUGAGGAUGGAAAAAAUUCAUCCACAUCGCUUUAAUCCUAUUGGAAAAAUGAUCGCACAGUCAUGAGGAGGAGCCACAUGAGGCCUUUAAAAUUCAUUCAGUCGACCCGCUUUUACAGGACCAUCUGGAAUGUUUUUUUAGUGGACCGAUAGUUUUAUCUUUUUCAAUGAUUCACAAUUGAAUCAUAAUGGAUGUAAAAAAACUGCAGCCUGAUCGAAUCAGAGGAAUUAAGAGGAAUGUAAAAAAAA